AUGAUGACGCAUAGCCCCUUAGCAACCUCGACGGCCAGCGACCCCAGUGCGGCGUCCACAGAUAGGGGCCAUGAGCUUCCUACAUCGAGUCGUGGGAGUCUUACAGGCCCAGGGGCUGGUAAACAACCGACCAUGAGCAACCCUGGUGCGGUCACAGUUAAGCAGGUGGAUACAAGAAGUUGGGAUUACUUACUGCGAAGUGGUUUGGCGGGGGGAUUAGCAGGUUGCGCCGCGAAAACCAUCGUUGGCCCUCUAGACCGAGUAAAAAUUCUAUUUCAGACAUCGAAUCCCCAAUUCGCGAAAUACUCUAGCAGCUGGUUUGGCGUUGCUUCAGCGAUGAAGAGCAUAAAUCACGAUGAAGGAAUUCGCGGUUUAUUCAAGGGCCAUUCAGCUACAUUGCUCCGUAUCUUUCCUUACGCCGCUAUCAAAUUCAUAGCAUACGAACAGAUUCGCGCCGUCAUCAUACCCUCAAAAGACCACGAGACACCCUUCCGACGGCUGAUUAGCGGUAGUUUAGCAGGCAUCACGUCUGUUUUUUUCACAUAUCCUUUAGAACUUAUUAGAGUGCGAUUGGCAUUUGAAACCAAACAAGGCUCUAGAUCAUCUUUGCGAAAUAUAUUCCACCAGAUUUAUAAUGAAAGGAGCAGCGGUGUUGCUGCUUCCUCCGAUGCAGCCGCGAGCAGCUCAACAGUAUCGUCUGCGGCUGAGAAAAUAAAACCUCGAUCCGGCCUUGUCAACUUUUACCGUGGUUUCUCACCAACCAUGGUCGGCAUGUUGCCAUACGCAGGCAUAUCUUUCCUCACCCACGACACAGUCGGCGACUGGCUUCGUCACCCGAGUAUAGAAAAAUACACCACGAUCCCGCAUUCUGGAAAAGACACACCCAAUGGCCAAGAACAGGCUCGCUCCCAUCGCCCACAAUUGAAGGCCACAGCUGAAUUGUUAUCCGGCGCCAUUGCUGGACUUGUCUCACAGACGUCUUCAUACCCCUUGGAAGUUAUUCGACGACGCAUGCAAGUUGGCGGUGUCGUGGGUGAUGGACAUGUAUUAGGAAUAAGAGAAACCGCACAGAAGAUCUUCCUUGAACGCGGAUUCAAAGGAUUUUUCGUCGGUUUGACGAUCGGAUACAUGAAAGUCGUACCCUUGGCGGCGACGAGCUUCUUCGUUUAUGAGAGAGGGAAGUGGUGGUUGGGUAUAUGA